ACUCUGUUUCGUUGUUCCACUACUAUACCAAGUCAAAUAAGCACCACUUGUAUGCAUGGUUGAAAAAAUUGUUUCGUUGCAGACGUGUUUCAGCAACGGUGUGCAACAGCAGGAGAACAGUGUCUGUGUGUGUCACUGUGUGUGGAUCAUGAGUAGAAACGUAAAGAGUUGCCUAACCUUCAGUUAUUCAGGGGGAGGCUACUGAAAUAAUUUGUGUUUUGCUGUGAUCUCGCACUAAAAAUUGAUAAAUGUUGUGACUCUAUUUUCCCCCUUGGAGCUGGAGUAAACAGAAUUCCUCUGUUGUGGAAGGUUCACCCGAAGGUGUCCCAAUCUCCAAAGUGGAUAUCAUUCCAAUAUGGCCUGUUAUACUUUCCAUUGAAAUCUGUUGCAUUUGCACUAUAGGAAGGCCUCCUGUCUGCAAAAUUGCAAUCCUCUACAGUUUACAAUUCAUCAAAGAGGUCACAUUUCACAGUCUUUCCAGACAAAUGUACCUUUACUAGUCAAAGCGGCGUCGAAAUUUUCACCAGUAACAGUUUCCUGCUCGCACAGCUGAAGGCUGUAUAUAAAUGGAUCCCUUUUUGCACUCUCUUGGUAGGUGAUAUACGGGUGCACUUUGUUCCUGCAGAAAUUUUCAUCUCGUCGAGCUCUUUUCGACCAUCUGCUAUCACAUGAAGAUUUUGCAAGUGGUGUUCCUUGCACCAUAGAGGGACGUAAUGCUGCUUCUAAGAACUAUAGAACCAAUUCCUCCAGGUGUCAUCCUGACGAAAUGCCAACACAUUCAACACAAAAAGUAUUGUCUCAAAAGUUUUGCUCUCUGACUUCUUGCAGCCAGCAGUGUGGACAGUGAGGAAGCACAUAUUGCACGCUGAAAACAUCACCUCAUUACAGAUGCAUCGUGCACUGUGAGUUGACAGUCCCUUCUUGUGUGCUUCGACAGUCACGAUUCAUGGGACUCAACAUACAACAGGACACUAUCUUGUGGUCUCCAGAGACGAGUACAACCUGUGCUAUGGGAAACUGGGACACAUCUUUGUGGAAACUGGCCCGGAGGUGAUGCCAAUUUUUCUUUUUCGCAUAACGCCAUCAACCUUCCUACUAGACCUCAUGCUAUACCAUCUUGAAUCUCAGAAUAUCACUGCUCAACCAUGAUUAUGGAGGCGUUUCUGAAGAUCAGGAGUAGAGAUCACAACAUGAAAAAGUUGGUGUCAGUAACAUGUCUUGAGGAGCUAAUCAGAGUUGCUGUGGGUCAUCGAAUUUGUCAGGAAGGCGACAUACAGGUGUAUUUAGUGGAUGAGUUAUCACUUCGCUGUAUGGUUGCUGGUGCUGAGAAAUGCCUCGAUAACAUUUUCAUUGUUAAAAAUGGACUAUGGAAACAAGAUCAGUCAACAUGUGUGAGUGCACCUUCACCAAUCCCACAAAUGCCUCUGCUCACACGAAUUUAUUACCCUUGGGAGAGCCUCAGCAAGACAGUACUUGAUGCAUUGGAAGCAGACAAUGUUCUGCUUCCCUCUCAACGACAGGAAGUGGCACACAUGGCAGCGUCAUGGCCCUGCAUAUCCAUUGAAGGCACCUGGUUGGUAGCAUUGAGAACGAAGGGAGCCAGCAGGCAUAAAAAAAUCAAGAGGGCUACAUACAUAAAUGUGUGAGGCAGUGAGGGCAGCAGAUGAAUAUAGCAAGAAGUGGGAACAUCUCAUGUGAUACAUAGCGGUCAAAUGUUCCGCCACCAAAGUCAUGCACAAGUUAUUUGUAGUCUUUCCAGUAAUUUCCAAAAUAAAGGGUUAUUAUUGAAAAGCUAUCCUCUCUGGACACACAAAACAUGAGAAUUGAACAAUUAACAAUGAAACAAAAUAUCUGGACAUCUCGCAUUGAUCAUAAGGACUGUAAAG